UGUUGAGGACGAACCUGCAGUGUCUGGAUAGAAGCAGAAGAACCUACCGCCAGCAUGCUGAAGGCUGUCCCUCGCUUGACAAGGGUACCACAUGUUGGUAGCAGAAUGUCUAAAACUUGUAAUUUGGCCGCUUUGGCCAAAUUCCACCGUGCCAGUGGGGCAGCCUGUCAAAAAGCAGCACACAAGUCACAUGACCUUCCUCCAAUGCCUCCAUGUGACUUCAAACCUCUGAAACAUCAAGGCAUGUCCAAGCAGCGCAUGAUUGAGAUCCGCAAGCUCAACUGCCACCCCAUGACCAUGAAGGUGACCUCCUACAAGAGCCCGGUGUUCAUCCACCAGGGCCACAUGCAGUGGCUGUGGGACACGGACGGCAAGCGCUACCUGGACUUCUUUGCGGGAGUGGCCACCGUCAGCGUAGGACACUGCCAUCCGAAGGUGACGGCUGUCGCGGUGGCCCAGAUGAAGAGGUUAUGGCACACGACCUGCAUCUACGUCACCCCCCCUCUGCAGGAGUACUGUGAGAAACUGGCCUCUCUCCUCCCAGACCCCCUCAAGGUGGUCUACCUGACCAACAGUGGCUCCGAGGCUAACGACCUAGCUAUGCUAAUGGCCAGACUUCACACAGGCAACCAUGACAUCAUCACCCUCAGAGGGUCGUACCACGGUGGUAGCCCCCAAACCAUGGCGCUGACCUCCAACUCGGCAUACAAGUACCCCGUCGCCAACGGAGGCUGCACCACAACCAUGUGUCCUGAUGUGUUCAGAGGGCCCUGGGGAGGGAGUCACUGCCGGGACUCCCCGGUACAGACCAUCCGGACCUGCGAUUGCCCUCAAGGUCAAUGCAUGGCCAACGAUAAGUAUAUCGGGCAACUUGACGAGACGUUUGCCACCAGCCUUCCUUCUCGUGUGGCUGCGUUCUUUGCAGAGCCUAUUCAGGGCGUAGGGGGAGCGGUGCAAUACCCCAAAGACUACCUGAAGCAGGCCUACCAAAGGGUGCGGGAGAGAGGAGGCGUCUGCAUCGCUGAUGAGGUCCAGACUGGAUUUGGACGAACCGGGAGCCACUUCUGGGGUUUCCAAGGCCACGAGGUGAUGCCUGAUAUAGUGACCAUGGCAAAGGGCAUCGCUGGUGGCUUCCCUAUGGGGGCGCUUGUAACGACACCGGAAAUCGCUGCUGCCUUCAGCAAGGGAGCUCAUUUCAACACAUACGGAGGAAACCCCAUGGCCUGCUCCAUCGCCUCAUCAGUCUUGGACGUUAUGAAAGAGGACGGCACGCAGCAGAACAGCCUCGUCGUGGGCACCUAUCUCCUGACGGAGCUAGCCAAGCUCCGCGACAAGCACGAGAUCAUCGGCGACGUCCGCGGCAAGGGCCUGCAGAUCGGGGUGGAGAUGGUGGAGGACAAGGUGAGCAGAACCCCUCUGUCUCCCGCGGCCAUGAACGACAUCUUUGAGGAGACCAAGGACAUGGGGGUGCUCAUAGGGAAGGGAGGCGUGUACGGACAGAACUUCAGGGUCCAGCCUCCGAUGUGCGUCACUAAGGACGACGCGGAUUACUUCCUGGCGGUCUUCGACAGAUCCAUCCAGAACUACAUGGACAGACGAUAGCGACACCCACCUGUGGCCCGCAGUCUCCAAACAUACGCCUGCAAGAAUGAACCCCAACUCAACACCGACCAAUCGGCUCAUUUAGCCCACACUGUUGGCGGUCAAAGGUCAAAUACAUGUUUACAGGGUCUUUAUUUUUUAGUCCAGCCUGUCAUGGCUGCUUGGAUGAAGGCUGUUGUCAACCUGCCACCUGGGUGAUUGACUACUUUAACACCAGAGAGCAGCCACCUGUCAAUCACCCUAGCACCUACUACUACAGACACAAUUUAUGAUUGACAAAUUAUACUUCUUUACUUUCAUUGUACAACUUUGGAUUUUAAUAUAGGUGUCUGGCACGUAUAUGUUUUGAUUUGAUAUAACAAAUUAUUCUAUGGACUGACCACCCAUUUUUAAUCAUGUACAGCCCAGAUUGUAUUAGAAUUAGGUUUAAUUUGGGCAAAUUUCAGUCCAAUAUGUAUAUGGCAUUUCACAUGCUGUGAAUGAUGAAAAAUAAAUAAGCCUGCUAUUAUCGACCGGAAAAGGAAAAUAUGAAGCGGAAUCUAUUGGAACGAAUUGUUUUUCUCUUCCAAUUUCUGAAUACCACCAGUAUCAACGCAAUACUUAUUCUUACUAAUUCUUACUUUCCGACGUGAUGACGUAGGAUGAAAUGCAUUAUUUCUAAUAAAGGACAUGUCGAUGUACAGAAAAACCAAUCUCUUAAAUAUACAAUGCAC